AUGAUAUAAAAUGAAGAGAAAAUAUUGAAGUUCAGAUAUUCAAUGAUGGAAUAAUAAACCUAAUAACAACUUUAAUAGAACAUAGUGAUUGGAUUUAUAAUUUAAUUUAUAGUAACAAGCUUAAUUCUUUUAUUUCAAGUUCAGGUGAUAAUACUAUUAAGUGAUGGAAAUAAAUAAAUUUAAAUGAUUCGAUUAGUUCAAAACGUCAUUAACACUAUACACAUUGGGUGA